CUCCCCCCCCUUCCCGCCCCGGCCGCCCGCUCGCUGCUCCCAGGUUUUGCAAAGAGCAGCGAUGAAGAGGAAGCUGGCACUCUCCAAGAUGCAGUUGGUUCUUCUCGUUUUAUUGGUGUGGCUACCAACAAGAUCAGUGCUGGCUGACUCCCUGGAAGAUGAAGCUAAGAAUAACAUCACCAUCUUUACAAGAAUUCUAGACAGACUUCUGGAUGGUUAUGAUAAUCGUCUCAGACCUGGAUUAGGAGAUAGUAUUACUGAAGUCUUCACUAACAUCUAUGUGACCAGUUUUGGACCUGUUUCAGAUACUGAUAUGGAAUACACAAUAGAUGUUUUCUUCCGUCAGAGAUGGAAGGAUGAGAGAUUAAAGUUUAAGGGCCCAAUGAACAUUCUUCGAUUGAACAACUUAAUGGCCAGCAAAAUCUGGACCCCAGAUACAUUUUUUCACAAUGGGAAGAAGUCAGUGGCUCAUAACAUGACAAUGCCAAACAAGCUUCUACGAAUCCAAGAUGAUGGGACUCUCUUGUACACCAUGAGGCUUACAGUCCAAGCCGAAUGUCCAAUGCACUUGGAGGACUUCCCUAUGGAUGCUCACUCAUGCCCACUGAAAUUUGGCAGCUAUGCAUACACAACUUCAGAAGUGACAUACAUUUGGACUUACAAUGCUUCAGAUUCUGUGCAGGUGGCACCAGAUGGCUCAAGAUUGAAUCAGUAUGAUCUUUUAGGCCAAACAAUUGGGAAAGAGACAGUUAAAUCAAGUACAGGCGAAUAUACAGUAAUGACGGCUCAUUUUCACUUGAAGAGAAAAAUUGGUUAUUUUGUCAUUCAAACUUACCUCCCUUGUAUCAUGACUGUCAUUCUCUCUCAAGUGUCAUUCUGGCUGAACAGAGAAUCUGUACCUGCCAGGACAGUCUUCGGAGUAACAACUGUGUUGACAAUGACAACACUGAGCAUCAGUGCUCGAAAUUCACUCCCCAAAGUAGCAUAUGCAACAGCUAUGGAUUGGUUUAUUGCCGUUUGUUAUGCGUUUGUAUUCUCUGCAUUAAUUGAAUUUGCAACUGUAAAUUAUUUCACAAAACGAGGAUGGGCCUGGGAUGGAAAAAGUGUAGUGAAUGAUAAGAAAAAAGAAAAAGCGUCUGUCAUUAAGAAAAACAAUGCCUAUGCAGUGGCUGUUGCCAACUAUGCUCCAAAUAUUACCAAGGACUCAGUGCUACCAACCAUCUCCAAGAGUGCUACAACUGCAGAACCCAACAAGGCAAAACCAGAAGCGAAGCCACAGGAAGCAAAGAAGACAUUCAACAGUGUUAGCAAAAUUGACAGAAUGUCUAGAAUAGUGUUUCCAGUCUUAUUUGGUACUUUUAAUUUAGUGUAUUGGGCUACAUAUUUAAACAGGGAGCCUGUCUUACUUGGCUUUGCGCCAUCAACCUAAAACCUGAAUUGCACUGAGGACUUAAAGCAUCAUUCUAAUCAGAUAGGUUGUUCGCUAUGUACAGUACGACUAAUAACUGCUAAUCUGUGAACCAUUAUGUACAGAGUGUAUAUAGAUGUCUUAUCUGUGUAUCUCCAAAGGAGGGACACAGUGUUAAUUCAUGGGUCUGUAAACAGAUAGCACCCAUGGCAAAUAUAGCCAGCUCUUUAAAAGUUAUACCCAGGGGAGUUCUGUUAAACUAGGAUUCAAAUAUACAGAAUUAUAUUCUCUCCAUACAAUGAAAUGAAGAUAUGGUCCUACAUAAUUAUUUAGGAACAGUAUUUUUUUAAUUUAAAGUUAAAAUAUUUUUCUAUAAAGUAACUAAUUCUACUUUAAUGAAAGAAACUGUCAUUUAAAAAAGCGAUUUUUUUAAAAAGGUGUAAUUGUUUCAUACAAUAGCAGUACCCAUGUACAUAACAGAGUACGGAGAUCGUACAGUUCUACUGUUCACAAACAUUCUGGAUACUAGUUAGGCUGAAGAGGUAGUAAAGACUACUAUAUGGUAAAAGCCACAAGUUUCUUACUUCUGUCCUGUUUGAAGUUGUUAAUAAACUCUUCUAAUUGAUUUCAGGGAAAAGCAGGUGUUAAUCAAAUUUCCAAUAUCAACCAAUUUCCGCUAGUGAAAUUCUUAUUGUUUUCACUGUUUUAUUGAUUUGAUGUUGCUAAGCCAGGUUGUCUGGUUCAGCAAAGUUAAGGGUUUUUUGCUUUUUGAUUUUGUUCUUAAUUGGAUUGUCAGGUUCACAAAAGCAUUCAGAAAUUUUUCAGGGUUAAGUGUAUCAGUAAGAGAAUACACUGUUUUUCCUUGCUUAAUGUUAUCCCAAAACCUGCCUUUAAAAUAUUUACCUGUAUUUGUCCCAGAAAGCAUUGUUUUCAAGGGAAACAAGAACCAUGUUUUAAGUUCAGGAAAUUGUCCAUAUAAUAAAAUUUACUGCUGCUUUUGUAAAUUGCAACUUUACAUUUCGCUGACAUAACUUUACAACUUUGUAUACUAGAAAUGGUUUUGCUAAGAUUUGAAUGUUAUUUUUUUAAUAAAAGGUCAUGCAUCAUCAGUAGGUAUCAACUGUAUUUCAUACACACAAAUAUAACAAAAUUGGAGCUGCCAUUUGCAAUUUUAUAUGAACAUUUAAUACUGAUCAGUAAAAUUGUUUUUCAUCUGAGCCUUUGCAAAGAUUCUUUAUGCCCCUAAAGGCCUGGUAAAUCAUGACAUAAGUAAUAAUUGUGUACUGUAUUUAGAUUUUAGUAUACUUGGCCAAUCAAAAAUAUUUUGAUUCACACAUACAUUAGCAGUUAUUAGUUGACCUUUAAAAAAAAGAUACACCUUUAUGAUGAUGUCUUCUAUUAGAGACAUAUGUAGUCGUAUAGUGUCAUUUAUUGCAGUUUUGUACAGUACUUGAGUAUAGUGCAUAAAAUAGAUAUGUUCAGAGUUUAACAAAGUUGUACAAAUAUUUCUAAAAUCAAAUAAAAGAGUAUCUUAAGACAUGGAAAUGUGCUAAAAACAACAAAGAGAAACACUGCUUUCAUUUGCUGUUUUAUUUUCUUGCUUUUUCUUUGCUUUUAAUGUGAUUCUGUUUUGUACUGUGUGUGACAGUAGAGAUGCCAAGGUCACAAAUGCAUAUUAUGAAUAGAAUUAAUAGUUAAGGCAGAGUUGACAUCAGUAAAAUAAAGACAUUUCGUAAGUUAUAAAUGAAAGGGAGAAGCAUGGACAAGGUGUGUAUCCCUUGAAGUCCCUCUAAUUAAACCAUCAGAUUAAACCUUUCUCAUCAACAGUAGUUAAAAAAUGAGCACUUUAUUCAGAACAUUAAAAUAAAAAUAUCCUUAUUUUCAUAUAUAUUUAUAUAUAAAUGUAGAUCUUCCAUGUAACAUGGAGACGUGUGCAAUAGUGUGAUUAUGAGCAUAAGGCUGGAAGGCAAGCAAUAAAAAAAGGUUUUUUCAUGGUAUAAUUAUACAUUUUUAAAAUGUUUCGCUUGUAAAUUAUAAAUUAUCCCUUUAACAUCACAUUGUCCAGGUAUCAAUGAAUAUAUAAAUAUGUACAUAUGUACAAAUAAUUGUAAAUAUUAGAACUGUAGAAAAAUCCCUUCACUUUUAACUCUGUUUUUGGCAAAGGGCUCUGACUGUAUAGUUUAAUGGAGGCCCAUGCUAAACUGCUUUUGAACUCGAGUAGCUCAACUAUGUUUUCUGUAGCUGAGGUCUCCUUCCUGUGACCUACUGGGAGUUCUUACCUUCUGUUCACAUCAGCAAGAUCUAGGGACUCUCUGAACCUCACUGAACUGGGGUAUGAGAAACAGAGGUUUUUGUUUCACCCUUGGCCACAUCCCAGGUACUCCAAACCCUUCACAAUGUUUAAACAAUGUUGUGUAUUGGUCCAUGCAAUACAACACUGUAUAGUCAGAACUCUCCCCACUACAAACAUGAGUGUGCUCAGGGGCACGUUGGAUUACCUGAUAAGGAAGGAUUUUGCAUCCUUAUCCAAGAACGGGACCCCUCAAAGGUUUUUAACAAUACAAGUCUUCAACAAGACUUCUUCUCUGGAAGAUAACAUCUGUGUAAUUCAGAGCUGCAUGCAAAAAGCGUAUCUUCAGUUUGCACAAGAAGCCUGAUGCCGCCUCAUAUUAGUCAGCUCUGCUGCUACUGGUUUUAUUGGGUGCAAUUAUUUUUUCAUUCGCUGACCAUUUUCUCUAUGCUUGUGUUAUGCUUAGAGUCAGUCAGACAAAAAAAACAGGUGUUUAUCACAUGCUAAAGAUACCUUUAUCGCACACUAAUAUAGAAAAAUAGGCAUACUAUAUAAAUUCACUCAGUGAAAAAUAAUCCAUUUUAAAGAUCCACAUGCAGUUAUUGUGGGCAUCAGCAAGGCUUUUGAGUGCAUACGCUCCAGAAAAGUUUCACUUUUACAUUUAGUUCAGUUGGUCCGUGUUAAAGGAAACUAAUUCUGUGGGAGGAAGGAGUCUGCUUUAUUGUUUCACUACUGAAACACUUACAGGGACUAAACUGACUACACAUAAGUUGCAAAUUUGUAAGACUAACAACUGGAUAAGUGAUUUUGAAUGUAAAGAUUUAAUUGAACAUGAGCAUCGUGCAAGGAACAACGGAAUACAACAGUUAGGCCUUCUUUCCAUUUAGCAGUAUAAUCCAUGUCUGGGAUUUUAAAACUGUUCUCACACAUUUAUGUGCCAAAUACCUAGAAGUUUCAUUUAAUUUGAGUAAAACUUGCUGGUCUUAAAUACUUAAAGUGUGGUGAGAGAGCAUGAGUGAGCAAACGCAAGUCACUUUGCUAUCAAAGACUUGCACAUGGAAUCUACCAGUGAAAUUUUUGGUUGACAUGUUAAUCUAAUUUAUUUUCCCCAUUAUUCGUGGGUCAGGGUGUCAUAUUUUAUGUGACUUAAGAAAUGAAUACAAUAAAUACAACGAUACAACACUGGUAAACUUGGAUUGGAAUUACCAUAAUUCUGAACGAGGUUUAUGAAGUAGGUUUCCAACAUAGUACUGGGGCACGUACUUCUGGAUGCAUGUGGUCAGUAAUUUAACAGUAAUUUAUAAAUCAGCAUGAAGAAUAUAGAGAUCAGCAGGGUUUAUCAGCCAGAGUUGUCUGCUGGAGACUUCUUAACAGAUUGCUUUUAAAAGAGUGGCUUCCAAACUUCUCAAUUAUGUUGUAGCCAAUGAAAUUACCUUCAUCUUCCAAUCUGGGUUAAUUCAACUCAUAACUGCUGCAUUGUUGAGCAUCUUUAAAAAAAUUAUUAUGGUAGAUGUUCUGCGAUACGAGCUUUAGUUUGGGAGACUACUCAUACCACUGAACGUUAUGCUAAAUUGAGGAGCUAGUCUGCCUGUAUAGUCACAGGAGAGAGCAUGAAGGAGCUUCAUUAGACACCAAACAGGAGCCUUGCUGAAUCACCUUCCCUUCCUGAUAACAUAUGGGGUGGUGAGACUUUUUGGAAGUGGAGUGACCAUCAACUCUCUGCGUGAAAGCAACCAGAAGCAGCUGGGAGGAUGUAGGGAUGUAUGGGGGAGGAAAGGGGGAAAGAGAAGAAGCAAAUGGCUUUGUUACUGUGUAAGUGGAUUGUGAGAUGAUUGAGGAAGAAGCCAUUGAGGGAGGUAAUGUGUGUUUUUGUUUCAGCUUCAGUUCUGAGCCUUCAUUACCAUAUGUGAGUUGUGGGAAAGUAACUUUUAAAGCACAUGAAAUUGAAAUACUUCUUGUAUAAUUCUGCUGAACUUGAGGGACAUAAGUUGUGCCUUUGAAACUGAAAGGCUUCUGCUGACUGUUUUGUGAGAGCCAUGCAGUGUUGUAUGCUUCCUGCCGUAUGGGACAUCUAGGGCAGAGGGGGAAAAGAAGCUUCAGGAAUUAAAUAGAACUUUGUUAAUUCUAGGUUUUGUUUUCUGAAGAGCUGUGACUUUCACUUAAUCACAGAUAGUCAGCAUCCAUCCUUCAUACCUCUCAUUCCUAUUCUGAAAGCUUAGUGGCGCACAAGUUUUUGCGCUGGCCUUUUACAAAAUAGAUGAAGUCUAGUCUUCUGAACAUUUCCAUUCCUAACAAAUUUGCAUGAAAGAUGAUUUCAGUAUGGAUAUGAAGCUAUCAUCAGUCUAUGCCCGAUUAUGUGCAGACACAUAAUGCUAAAAUUUAGAAAGCAAUGCAAUGGGUUUUAAAGCAGGGGAAGAAAACAUUUUAAAAUGAGCCCAGAAAGUUAAAUAGCUUCAUUUAAAAAACACAGAGCAUGAUAAAUGUACAGAUGUCUAAACACAUCUAAAUAGAAUCUGAGUGUGGUAUAAUUUGAUGUCAUAUAUAAAGUUUUUGUCUAAAAGACUUUGAAACGUUGAAGUAAUUAAGUGAAUUUAUAUGAAAGUUAGCUCAUGCUUCAGCCUCCAGUAAAGGAAGUGGUUCUUUAGAAAGCAGAGUUUUAGGAUUCUUUCCACCUCUUUGCAGCGACAGUGUACCUGCUGCUAGAAUGCUGUCAGUUUGCAAUAUAACUUCAUGUUAUAUCCCUUUAACAUGACCUUCUCUUGAUUUUAUUUUUAGUCAAGCAGACCUCCGCUGCCUCAUUUCUGUAGAUAACCCAAACUCCGUAACAACCAGAACUUUUAAUUCUAUUCUGAAUCCAAUUGUUAAUUCCAGCCAUCUGAGAAUCAGUGAGGGACUUCACCACUUUAGACCUUUAGUAGUAGAAGUUAAAGGCUCAAAAGUUCGUUUCAAUGAAUGGCAGAUGUUAAUCACAUAAAAAGUUUGUUUUCCUCUACUUUAAACCUUUUAAUUUUCUAGAUUCAGAUCUCUCUAGGUGAAUCCUUGAACUCAUGUUUUGGAGUCUGGGAUUACAUCUUACUGGAAGAGGCUAAACUUUGAGUGCUUGAUGUCUCUGACUGAGAUCAGGGCAAAAUUUGCACUGAAUUUAGAAUAAAACUGAUUAGCAUCCUCAGGAUAUUCGCCUAUGUCACUGAAGUCAGAAAGGAUUUUUUACAGAAGGGGAGUACACAUGAGAGGGCACCUAGGCUCUCCUUUGGAUAAAGGUGCUUAGUUCUUUAACCCACAAAAAUGAGCCCUUAAAAGAAGAGCCAACCAUACUGAAAUACAGGACUUGAUGUCUGUUUCAUUCCUGGUAUAUAUUAAUGCCUUUUAAGAAUAUUGUGAAAGUGCUAUGAGUUAGGAGUAGGUGAUAACACUCACAAAAAGGAAUUUGUAGGAUGUUUUAAAACAUGCAAGAUGAUCUAUGCUCUUCCUCUAGUGUUGGUGUCUACAUAAAUAUAUAUAAAUAUAUUUUUAUUGUUGGAUGAUUUAAAGGUUAUAUAUUGCUUUCAGAUUUUAAUUCCUUACAUAAUGUUGUGAAUACUUCACUCGAUUAGGUAGCCUGGAGCGUGCCUUUAUGCAUUCCAGGUUUUUAAUGAUUGCACUGAGUGCUUUCAUUCAUCUGACACGCAAAGAGGUGAGCUUCAACAGGUUAAAGUGUUAUAUUUGUUUUCCAGUACUUCAUCCAUCUUUCUACGCUGUUGAGGAUGGAUGGAAAUAGAGAACAGAACAAGAUAUUGCUUUGAUCAAUUGCUUUUAAUAUUCUUUAUUAGAUGUUCAUUUUGGCUGAAUUUAUCAGUUUAUAGGCUACUGUAGCUUAGCAUUAGCACGGAAUGCAAUGUAGUACUUUAUACAUCUAUUAGAAUACAUAUGUACAAUAUGCACCGUAUCUAUAAACUGUUAAAAAAUCAGUUCCUAAACGGCACCCCUUCACCCUCUUCCCUCCAAAUAGUCACUUUAAUAGGCAACAUUUGAAGGCACUUUAAUUUUAAUGGAAGUGAUUACACUAAAUCUUGUUAUACUUGAUUUAAAAAAAAAUAGUAAAAAUAAUGUGGAGUCUGAUUCAGACGUUGUUAGCAAUUUCUCAGCUGGGCUGGAGUCAGAGAGCAUUUAUGCAUUGUAUGACAAAUUUACUUUAGUGAGUCACUUAGGUGUGAAAAUAUAUAGGAGUUUGAAAAUAGAUGCUUCCAGUAUAUUAACAAGAAAUAAGGAAACAGGAAGAAUGGAACCAAUAAUUUUAAAGAAAAUUAAACACCAAUCAAAUAUGCACAGUAAGAAACUGCAUGAUAAAUGUAAGUAUACUUAACCUUGAACAUCAGCAUCAUAUAAAAUCUUCUGGGUGACAGUUCACUUAUUUAGUAGGUUUCAUAGUUAUAAAUAAUUAAAGAGGAUGAUAAUAUUCUGUAAUUUGUGACCUUGUUUUAACUGGAAAAAGUUGUUACUUUUCUAAAAUGUAAAAGAAAUAACUGGAUUUAUGUUUGAAUGUGUCACUGCUUGCUGUUGAAGAAUAUUUAUUAACCACAUGCAAAAUAUUGCUUAACAUUAUCUUUUUGUACUUCUUAUUAAAGUUAAUUUAAAUAGA